UUUCUUGCCAACCGUCACAGAACACUGAAAAAAAGACGACGAAGAAGCAGCAGCAGCAGCAGCUCGACGGACGAGCGAGGCGGCAGGAGGCUCGAUCGUACUUCAGUCCAUCUUGCUGAAUUUGGAGCGAAUGUUGUGAAUCCUCCACGCGGGACGCCCCUCAUCACGACUUUAGUGGACGAAAACAUCAUUCGUGCAAUCUUCGUCACUUCGGUUGGAGUCGUCUCGUGCACGUUGAAGCUUCUCGGCCGAGCUUAAUUUAGCUUAGCUUAGCUUGCUAACAAAGAGACGCGUUUGUGAUCAAAACUGAGCGUGAGAGCAGAAAGUGUCGUGAUCGGCGGAUGAAAAUGUGUGCAAGAAGGACAGCGGCGUACGAGGAGGAACAUUGCGCCCCAAAAGAGGAGAAGGAGCCACGGCGCCGACUCGUGGACGCCGUGUUCAAUCUGCAGCCUCGAAUUGUGCUACGCAGAGCAGACAACAGUGAACAUCUUCGUACUGAGCAGCAGGAGCCAGAGCCCCCUCACAUCAAAGAGGAGGAGGAGCCCAUUUCGAUUAAAAAAGAGGAGGAAGAAGCUCGGUCCCACAUCAAGCAGGAAGAGGAAGAUAUCACCAAGUUUCCAUCGACUGGUGUCCCUUUGAAGAGUGAAGAUGAUGGUCAAAGUGAGGAGAGCAGAGGGGCGGAGCCUCCAAGCAGCAGGUCAAGUCAACACAUGGCAACAGAAGGUGAUGGAGACCGCUGUGGAGGAUCACAAGCAGACGGACUCUUAGCUCCACUGUCAGAUAGUGACGACAUGACGUCACACUCUCCUCACACUGAAGAUGAUGAUAAACAGUCUGAAGGUGAUAGGACAUGUCACACUGACAACAAACAAUGGAAAUGUUCUCAUUGUGGGAAAACAUUUGCUUAUAAGAGCAUUAUGAAACAACACGUGAGAACACACACUGUUGAGAAACCUUUUUCCUGCUCAGUUUGUGGUCAAAGAUUCAAGCAGAAGAGAAGCUUAAAAUUGCACGCAAUAACCCACACUGGUGAGAAACCUUUUUCCUGCUCAGAUUGUGGUCGAAGAUUCACGCAGAAGGGAAGCUUAAAAUUACACGCAAUAAGCCACACUGGUGAGAAACCUUUUUCCUGCUCAGAUUGUGAUCAAAGAUUCACUCGGAAGGAAUACUUAAAAAUCCACACAAGAAUCCACACUGGUGAGAAACCUUUUUCUUGCUCAGAUUGUGGUCAAAGAUUCUCUGAAAAGGGAAACUUUAAAAAACACACAAGAACCCACACUGGUGAGAAACCUUUUUCUUGCUCAGAUUGUGGUCAAAGAUUCUCUGAAAAGGGAAACUUUAAAAAACACACAAGAACCCACACUGGUGAGAAACCUUUUUCUUGCUCAGAAUGUGGUCAAAGAUUCUCUGAAAAGGGAAACUUUAAAAAACACACAAGAACCCACACAGGUGAGAAACCUUUUUCUUGCUCAGAUUGUGGUCAAAGAUUCAUUCAGAAAGAAUGCUUAAAAAUACACACAAGAAUCCACACUGGUGAGAAACCUUUUCCAUGCUCAGUUUGUGGUCAAAGAUUCACUCGGAAGGAAUACUUAAAAAUACACACAAGAAUCCACACUGGUGAGAAACCUUAUCCAUGCUCAGUUUGUGGUCAACGAUUCACUCGGAAGGAAUACUUAAAAAGACACACAAGAACCCACACUGGUGAGAAACCUUUUUCCUGCUCUGUUUGUGGUCAAAGAUUCACGCAUAAGGGAAGCUUAAAAAGACACACAAGAACGCACACUGGUGAUAAACCUUUUUUCUGCUCAGUUUGUGGUCAAAGGUUCACACAGAAGGGACACUUAAAAAUACACACAAGAACCCACACUGGUGAGAAACCUUUUUCUUGUUCAGAUUGUGGUCAAAGAUUCAUUGAAAAUGGAAGCUUAAAAAGACACACAAGAACCCACACUGGUGAGAAACCUUUUCCCUGCUCAGUUUGCGGUCAGAGAUUCUCUCGUAAGUCUCGGGUUAAGACACACAAGUGUGCUGGUGAGAAUAGCAGUGAUCAAGAUGCUUUUAAUGGAAAUGUUUAAUCUAAAAAGGAUUUACUGAAUGCAGAUUUUUGUAUCCCAGCUUUUACUGUAUCUUCUUCUUGUCCAUAUAUUUUCGAAAAGCCUCCCACGGGCAAAUGUUGAGAAUUAGCACUGGUGCCAAAAUACUUGAAAGGGACAAGUUAAUGGUGUGAACAUAGACACUUCUUCCAUAGUUCUGGACUCAUAAAUGAUAUCUGCAGGAGAAAAAAAGCCCUCCAAAAUAGAUUAAAUCAGAAUUUUAGAAUCCUAUACUGAUAAACUAUUUGAUUUUCAGCCAGAUUUUGGCCCGCCCAUAUUUUGUACAUGUCAGCCUGUUAAAGCCUGACACAUAACGAGCAGGAGCCGAUUCCAUAUCCUCGUUGAACUUCUGUUUUCCGUGGUGUCAUUUUUGCCCAUCUUAAAAGUCUGGAUGAAGUUAUUAUUAUUAUUAUUUUUUUUUACAAUAAUGAGUGAAAAUAGUGAAAUAUGUUGGAACGCUUGUUUCAAAGAAAUGGACCGUUGAAAGGCCUCCUUGAGGAAAGAAGACCAAUACCUCAUCCCACAUCGAGUAAUUCUAGCAGAUUCAUUUCCAAAUAUGUCAGCUGAGUUGAUUCUGUAGGCGGCAUUGUGUGACGGGCGUGGACUUUGGCUAGCUGUCAUAAUGUCGAGGGUCUCCCGGCCGAACGCGUUACGUCGCCUCAUGUCCCGAAACUGCAGCUGAUCUGAUUUGAACUUAUCUGAUCCAUAAAAUAAAAAUAAAAAUGGAUUUAUUGUUGUAAUAUUUUCAGAGGUUGAAGCUGCCAAGAGUAAAGAUGUCCUCAUAAAUUGUUGACAGUUUUUGGACAUUAAGCCAUGUUUUUUUGUGGUUCAUGCAUGAGGCUUGCAAGGAUGUGGCACUCGCCCACCGUGUUGGUAUGAUUUUAAUGGUGACACCCUAAUAAAUUAGCAAUUUUUCAGCCCAUUCAAUUAGUGAUUGAACAUAAUUUUGUGGUACUAGCUGUUGUUCAUGUAGCUGAUCCUUAAUAAAAUACACUGCUUGAAACAGUGA